UCCAAAGAAACAUGAAGAAGAUGAGAUUAGGUUUUCUGGAUUGAGAAGAAACCCCUUUCCCUCUCCAGCUUUCCAGGCAAUUCAAAGAAUGACAAGUUCCGAUGGUGACUGUUAUGUACCACCCCCACCUGCCACCGGCAUGGAUGACAACCAAGAUGGCGACCAGAGAAAUGAUGGCCCAAUUGAACCUCGUUACCAAGGAGGAUCUAUUCCAUCAUAUGCCUUUCGAAUGUUACAGGAAAUGACAGAUGCAAGUGAAGAUGGAGGUCCUCUUCCACCCUCAGUUUUACACAAACCUAAGAAAACAACGAAACUUCAACUACACAUUGGUGAACCCCAGCCACCUCGCCCCCAACAACAAAAUAGUAUACCUUCUCCACAACAACAGUACAACCAACACCCUUCUCAACAAUCCUUUACUCGACAACAGUACCAACAAUCCUCUCCUCAACAACCGUUUCCUCGACAACAGUACCAACAAUCUUCUCCUCAACAAUCGUUUCCUCGACAACAGUACCAACAAUCCUCUCCUCAACAACCGUUUCCUCGACAACAGUACCAACAAUCAUCUCCUCAACAACCGUUUCCUCGACAACAGUACCAACAAUCAUCUCCCCAACAACCGUUUCCUCGACAACAGUACCAACAAUCAUCUCCCCAACAACCGUUUCCUCGACAACAGUACCAACAAUCAUCUCCUCAACAACCGUUUCCUCGACAACAGUACCAAGAUCCGUUUGAUCGACAACAAUACCAACAAUCAUAUUAUGAACCUGAAGUUCCAGAAGAACCAAAAAUAUACACGGGUGGUAAAAUACCAUCGCGAUCUUUUCGAAUGUUGCAGACAAUGACAGGAGAGAGCCCUCUACUGGAUGGAGAGGGCGGUACUGAUUUUUAAGGUCUGUAAUCGGUGACUAUUAAACGGAAGAAGAAGAGGUCGCACGUGACAAUGAUGCUACCAAACGAGUUGAUCUCAAGAUCAGAUACUCCAGCUUUCAAAUAAUGCGUGUUACCAAAAGAAGGGCUUCUCGCGUCUGGGAGGGAGAGCAUUUAGAUAGUGUGCAUAAUAUAUAUUUUUAGGUUACUUUUUCUAGGUGUUUGUUUACCAAACACUAGUACUUGACUGGCAACGCUAGGAAUGAUAAGUUAAUAUCGUUGAUGAAGUUCCAGAAAGGUCUACAAACUCUGAUAUACUAAUAACUUAACCGUGCUUUUUUCGUCAGUUAUCUUGUAACUGACUUAAGGCUUGAAUACAAAUAUUAUCAACUGUACUUGUGUUUCUCCUAACGAUUAAAGUAGGCUGCCCAAAAGUUGAAUCUCUUGCUCUUUUGAGUGAUUGAAUAUCAGUGUUUUAAAAUAUAUUAGUCGUUGUCGGCUUGUCACACAAAUUUAAUAGUUUUAGUUAACGGUAUGUAUCUAUAUAUGUUUGUGCCAGUAACAUGUUUAGUAUUAUUGAUCUGAAUGUUAUUCAAGCAAGGAUUUUGGGUUGAAAUUGAUAAUUAUAAGUUUAGGAACUUAUUUAUAAUUAGGUACUAUAUUGUAUAAAGUUCUUCUAGGAUUUAAGAAAUUAAUAUGUUCGCAUUUUUAAAUAGAAAGUGAAUCAAAUGUAUACUUUUUUAAACGAAAUCUGAGGUUAUCCAAUGAUAAAAGGCGAAACAGAUAUAUACACUAAACGCAAUCUGAGGUUAUCCAAUGAUAGAAAGCGAAACAGAUAUAUACACUAAACGCAAUCUGAGGUUAUCCAAUGAUAGAAAGCGAAACAGAUAUAUACAUUAAACGAAAUCUGAGGUUAUCCAAUGAUAGAAAGCGAAACAGAUAUAUACAUUAA